CCAAGGUGGUAAGGAAAGGAAAGGAAAGGAAAGGAAACGGCCUCCACUCCAUCUCCAUGGAUCGUCUCCGUCGCCCCCUGAAUUCCCGACGAUGAGAUCGAUGAAGAGGCCGGGAAUUCACCUCCAGAUUUGAGGGGAUCGAUGGUGGAAUCUCCUUCUCCCUUUCCCACCACCACUACCACUUCUGCUGCUGCUCCUCCUCCUCCUCGUCGGCGGCAACCACCACCUCCCGCCGCUAGCCUGCCUUCCCCCGGCUAACCUCGCCCUCACUCACUCCACUACUACUUUUCCUCUUCCGCCCCGCCCCCUACAUCCUAGAUCCAUCCAUGCUCAUGCUCAUGGACCCCCCCGCCCGCAGCCGCAGGUGCACUCUCCUCACGCGGGCCCUCCUCCUCGCCGUCGCCGCCCUCGCCCUCCGCCUCAUCUACGCCGCCUUCCUCGCCGGCAUGGCGCUCUACCCGCCCCUCCCCGCCGCCGCCGUCCUUGGCUCCAAGACCUACCUCCACUCCGCCGUCGCCACCCCCGACGCCUGGCGCACCCGCGACUGGCGGAAGGCCGUCGACUACCACGCCACCCUCCUCGCCCCCCACCUCGCCGACGGCAUCCUCUCCCCGACCUCCCGCGCCGUCUGCCUCGGCGCCGUGCAGGAGGCCCUCGCCAUGCGCGAGCUCGGCGUCUCCACCGCCGUCGCCGUCGCCAGGAAGCGCUCCCCCCCGCUCGCCGUCGCCGGGAACGACCGCCGCCUCCCCUUCCAGGACUCCUCCGUCGACUUCGUCUUCGCCGCCCGCGCCCUCGACUCCUCCAAGCGCCCGGCUGACCUCGCCGCCGAGUCCGCGCGGAUCUUGAAGCCAGAUGGACAUCUCGUCGUCCUCACUACCAGCGCCGCCGACGCAUUCAGCCUCCGCGCGCUCCAGGCACUCCUCCCCUCUCUCCGCUUGCUCCGAUCUCGCCAGAUCAAAGGCCCCGACGACUCCACCCUGCGGGAGCUCGUCUUCCAGAAGAUCCAGGACUCCACUGACGAUCCUGUAAACAAGUGCACAAUUGGGGAUCACAAGCUCCAACUCCUCACACAUGCGGAGCCACUCAUCCAAGAGGAGCCGCGCAAGCCAUGGAUCACGCUAAAGCGGAACAUCAAGAACAUAAAGUAUCUCCCAACUCUCGCAGACAUCAGCUUCAAGCGCAACUAUGUGUAUGUUGAUGUUGGCGCCCGUAGCUAUGGCUCCAGUAUCGGCAGCUGGUUCCGGAAGCACUACCCCAAGCAGAACCAUACAUUCCAGGUGUUUGCCAUUGAGGCCGACCCGGCCUUCCACUCUGAGUACGCCGCAAAGAAGGCUGUCACGUUGCUUCCAUAUGCUGCUUGGGUCAAGAAUGAGACCCUCAAUUUUGAGAUCAAUGCUGAUCCCGGGAAGGAGGAUGAGGCCAAGGCUAAUGGCCGCGGCAUGGGCCGCAUCCGCCCCAUGGCUGGCAAGAAGAUGUCCGGUGAGGUGCGGAGUGUCCCGGCAUUCGACUUUGCCGAGUGGCUCAAGCGCACGGUGUCGGAGCAGGACUAUGUGGUGAUGAAGAUGGAUGUGGAGGGGACAGAAUUCGACUUGAUCCCAAGGCUGUUUGAUACAGGCGCAAUCUGCUUGAUCGAUGAGCUGUUCCUCGAGUGCCAUUACAACCGAUGGCAGAAAUGCUGCCCUGGUGAGCGGUCGCCCAAGUAUCAGAACACGUACGAUGAGUGCUUGGAGCUGUUCAGUUCGCUCAGAGAGAGCGGCGUUCUUGUGCAUCAGUGGUGGUGACUGCUGGUGAAUUCCACUUUCAGAAUUGUUGGUUGCAGAUAGAGCUGAAGCAUUUGAGAUGGCAAAAGGGGUCUCAUGCUUCUACUGGAGUAUUCAGUUUCCAAAGUAAAGUUAUUCUUUUUUCUUGUGAACAUAGGAGAUUGAGAGAUUGAAUUGUUUUGUGUUAGUAGAUGUUACGUUCUGUAGUUAAACAAAAAGAGUUAAGGAAAGGAAAAGAAAGGUAACAUUUGUAACUGCACUCCCAGUAAAAAAAAAACCUUCUGCGGAUUGCCAUUGUUAUCAUUGACAAAGUGAAUUACUGUUUCCUUACUGAACUGUUUUAAAUUCAUCUGCCUUAUUUCUCA